AUGUACGCCAUAGGAAAUAAUCUUUCUAUGCACGCAGUAAAGAAAUUCAUGUCUCUCACUUGGAAUUUUGUCACCCUGCCGGAAUUAUACUAUAAUGAGGAGGGGUAUUUCCUUGUCCGAUUCAAGACACGACUGGAUAGAGAUGCGGUCUUAAUGCGAGGACCAUACACAGUAUUCAAGAAGCCUAUCUUGUUACAUGAAUGGACCCCCAAAUUUACGCUGCAAGAUGAUGUCCUACGAGUUCUCCCAAUCUGGGUGAUAUUCCCACAAUUGCCGUUAUAUUGCUGGGGGGAACAUAGCAUAGGGAAAAUUGCGAACGCCAUAGGAAAGCCGUUACUCACGGAUGAGUGUACAUCAAAGAAAUUAAGAGUUUCGUAUGCAAGGGUACUCAUUGAAGUGGACGUUACGAAGCAACUAAGAACCCACAUCACAAUCCGCGAUCCACAGGGGGAAAAGAUGUUACAACAAGUAGAGUAUGAAUGGACGCCGCCAUAUUGCACUGUGUGUAAUAAAGUUGGGCAUGUGUGCAAGCAAACAGAAGCUCAGGCUCGGAAAAAGAAGGAGGGGAAACAAGCAUGGGAACAAAAGAAACCUCAAGAAAAGCAAGCAGAACCUACUGUGAAUGUACCUAAAGGCACUGAACAACCAAAGCCUGAUCAUGUGGAAACAGAAGUACCAAAACCUACUGAAAUGGAAACAGAGGUCCCUUGGACAGUGGUUCAAAAUCGGAGCAGAGGAAAAGCACCACAGGACAUACAAGUAGAAAACAACAACAUAUUGGGGGGCUUGCAUAUAGGAGAGGGCUCUCAAUCUACUGGUGUUACAUGA